GUUUUGGCUUUGUGACCUUUGAGAAUGAAGACAUGGUGGAAAAAGUGUGUGAGAUCCACUUCCACGAAAUCAACAACAAAAUGGUAUGUAUGUGGACAACAUGUACAGUAUGUGUAUGUGCGAGUGUGUGUGUGUGUCAGUGUUGAUGGCGAGGAGCGUUUGUGUCUAUGUGCAGAAUAUCUAAAAUAAUUUGCAUUCCUCUCCAGGUGGAGUGCAAGAAAGCCCAGCCCAAGGAAGUGAUGUCACCGACGGGUACGGCUCGAGGUCGUGCCAGGAUUAUGCCCUACGGCAUGGACGCUUUCAUGCUGGGGAUCGGCAUGCUGAGUAAGAACAGAACAUCAAUAACACGGUCAUUUAGCCGCCGCUAAACACUCUGGAACAAUAUUCACAAAGCGUCUCAGAGUAGGGGUGCUGAUCUAGGAUCAGUUUUGCUUUUUUAAUUCACAAUGAAUACGAUUUACAUUAUAUAACCGGGGAGACCUGAUCCUAGAUCAACACUCCUACUUAAAGAAGCUUUAUGAAUUUAGGACCAGUACUGGAGAGCAGGGCUAAAGAGAUAGGAGGAGAGGAAGUGGGGGAAGGUGUUUCAGUGGGACUCAAGUAUGCCAUGGCCCACAGUGAAGUCAUUGUCUCUUGCUCCACCUACAGUUAUGGCAACAGCAUGGUACUGAGUUAUGGUGCUAGUUGCUACAUGCUACAUGAGGUCUAAUAUAAAUGCAUUAGCAUCUCCUUAAGCUGUGUUCAGCCAUAUCCUGAUGGUUUUUUUGUUUGUCUCUCUCUUCGCAGGCUACCCAGGCUUCCAAGCAGCUACGUACGCUAGCCGCAGCUACCCUGGCAUCGCUCCUGGAUACACCUACCAGUUCCCUGGUAUGAGCAUCACUCUCUGUCACAAUGAUUUAUGUAGAGGUUUAGUUACAGACGUACAUACGACUUGAGUCUUUUAUUCAUCCAAAGAACUGGCUAGGAAACAAUGCAUUGGCCUAGUGAUCGUAACAGAUACAUAUUGAUGUUAUUUUUAUGUUCGUUGACAAACAUAUACACGCACACCUACACUUUUUACUCCACGUAUAAGCACAUAUGGCAGAGUCUCUGGCUGCUUGUAGAUUUCAGAGAGUUGUAUUUUGGAUUUGUCAUCCUCCUCUCUCCGGUCCUCUUCUCCUCCCCUCUCACGGUAAAUGUCAUCUUGCCAUUUGUUAAAAUGUGCUGUACUUCUAUCUCCCUCCCCAUCACCUAAUUUUCUCCUUCUUUCAUGUCCACUCUCCCCUCAGUGCUCUUCCUUCCUCUCCUUUCCCCCUAUCACCCUUCUCGCCUGUAGUCUCUCCUUUGUAAAUUGCUUUCUUGUGUGUGUUGUCCUAUGUGCCUGUUUGUGUGUGCACAUGUUCAUGUGUGUGUGUGUGUCAAUAGACACGCGGAUGGUGUAUGUAAUUAAAAAUGCGCUCUCUUGACAUUGCUGUUCUAGAAUUCCAUUUAGAGAGGACCCCCCUUCUGACAUCACCCCACCCCUCUGAGCUCACAGGUCAGUCACUCCUCCAGAUCUACAAGCAGCUCUCUUUCUCGUUAUUAACAAGGCAACAGUGCUAGACUGUGGCGGAAUGGUGUAUGGCCCUCCUUUUUCCAAUCGGGAAGGGUUCAAGCCUAACUUUAAUAUAAGCACAACUUUUGCAACAAAUAAAAAAUAUUGAUGAUCACGGAAUUGACUGCAGCAAUGUUAGGCUUGGAUAUUUUUUUGAAUGGUUUCACCAUCUUUAAAACUGUCAACUACCUGACAAUUAAUAGUUUGGUGAACUAAAUUCACACACUGCCAAACACUGUUAAGGUGACAUACUGGUAGAGGUAAAAGAAGACAUAUGUGAAAUUGUCCCUCUCUCCUCUGGCCCUCAGCCAUUCCACUGUCAGCCUACGGACCAAUGGCAGCGGCAGCAGCAGCUGCUAUGAGAGGUAAAGAUCAUUCUCCUUCAUCAUUCUGUUUGUGUGUGUCUAUCUGUCGUCAUGUGAUGUGGAUGAGGAUGAGCGUCUUUCUCCCAAGAAGAGAUCUCGAGAGAGAGAGGACGAGAACCAGACGAAGAGAGAGAGAGAGAGAGAGAGCGAGAGGAGAGAGAGAGACGAGAGAGAGAGAGAGAGCGAUAGAGGACGCCGUCGAUGGGAGACUAGCUGAUGCUCUAUCGGAGUGAGAUCUUAUCUCUAGCUCUCUCUCUACUCUCUCUCUAUCUCUACUUCUCAUCUCUCUCUCGCUCUCUUCUCUCUCUCACUCUCAGGUUCCACCCAGUCGCGUAACGCAGGCUAUCUGGGCACCAGCAGCCCUGGGCCAAUGGCUGACCUGUAUGCAGCAGCUAGUCAGGACUCAGCAGUCAGCAGCUAUCUCAGCGCAGCCAGUCCUGGCCCCAACUCAGGAUUCGGCCACAGUCUCGGGGUACGUCACUAUCAACGAGACAGAACACGGUCGUUGUAUUCAUUAGGGCACACCGUAGCAAAAUGAUUCGCAAUGGAAAAUGAAAAUGAGCAUUUCUUAUUUGACAAGUUCAGGUAGUCCCUCCCUGCUUCAGUCUGUUUUGUUCCUUUUGGUGCCUAAUGAAUACGACCCAGGGUUGGAAUAUCGCAAAGAGGGAUCUUUAAGACUAAAGGAGCCCGCUUAGUGGCAUAUGGCAUGUAUCUAAUGCUAGGGGAAACCAGGGAUUGUGGAUUAUGGAAGUGUAUAGCUGCCAAAAUUCGAUUUGAAGUGCAAAUUGGAUAAUGACAAAUCAAUGCACUAUUUGCAAUUUUGGUUGAUCAUCUCCUUUCUUCAUUUCAAAAUAUCUAUCAGCUGCUCUGUCUCUACUAGUAUGUGUCUCUCUUCGUUCUCAGGGUCCUCUGAUCGCCGCCUUUACCAACGGGUACCAC